UCAUCACCGUCACAGAUCCGGGGCCUCUUCUCCCCCCUCCCCUCCCUCUCCUUUCCACCACUCACUCACUUAGUUACGUCUCCAUUCGUUCGCCUUGCCCUCUUCAUCCUCACCUCGCUCUAUGCCUCUGUCGCACGCACAGCAAGCAUCGCUUGGGCCAGGCUCGCUGCACCCCUCAACCCCUUCAACCCUCAUCCCAUGACGCGCAUCUCCUCACGAGACCAGGAAGUCUAAAGCCCAAUCCCGCCCAUUUGAUACAAUUAACCUGAGUCGCCCCCGUUUCUGUUUUCCCCUUCCUUCGACCGCCUUACUUCACGCUACCUACGCACGUACACUUUUUCUACCCAAGCUUUUCCCCUCAUAUACCCUUCCCUCUCAUCUUCUUCCGUCCUUCACAUCAACCGUCCAUCCCCAUCCACCUCCCCAUCAACCGUUAUACCCAGAGAUACCCAAUACCAGAUACCCGAUACCCAAUACCCGUACCGCCCCUUUUAUUUAUCCAUUCACAUACCCAACGCUCCAUAAUCGUCAUCCGCACAGACAAACAAUCAAUCAAACAAACAAGCAAGCAAGCAAGGAAACAACCAUGGAGUCCAUACGCCAGAGAAUCCAGAUCCCCGACUCCAUCAAGCAGAUCCCCGACCAGCUCAAGCCCAAGUCCCCCAAGGCCCUCGACAAGGGCGCUGACUCCAUCCCCACCUCGCUCACGCCCACUCCCGUCUCACCGCCGCUGGCGACCCCGUCCCACGGAGACCUCGGCGCCGUCCUGACCAUCGCCUGCGCGACGCCCAUCGCCGCCAAGCCCACUACCGUCCUCGCCACCGUCCUCAACCCGGCCACCUACCCAACCUGGAACACCUUCGUCCCGCGCGCCACCGUCUCCCGCCCCUCGGGCCUCGCCGUGCCGCCCAUGCUCUCGGGCGAGCCCUCCAUCGCCAAGCUCCAGCCGGGCGAGCUCCUGCUCGAGGGCACCCACGUCACCUUCGAGGUCCACAUGACGCUCGACCCGGCCAAGACGACGAUCAACCAAGCCCUCGUCGUCACCAAGCUCGAAGAGUUCACCCGUGCCGACGCCGACGCCAACGGCGAGACCCACCGCGGCCGCAAGAGCUACCGCGUCUGCUGGAAGACGGGCGGCCUCGUGCCGCCCUUCGUCCUCAAGUCCGAGCGCGUCCAGGAGUUCCUCGAGACCGAGGACGGCACCGGAACCGAGUACCGCUGCUGGGAGACCUUCUACGGGCCCUUCGCCCAGGUCCUGCGCUUCACCAUGGUCAGCCAGCUGGAGACCGGCUUCGCCGCCUGGAUGGACGGCCUGAAGAAUCACCUCGAGGGGAGGACGGCCCAGGCCCCUGCCGCCGCCGCCGCAGCUGCUGCCGUAGCUGCUCCCGCGACCACUCCCGCCGCGGCGCCGGCCGCGGCACCGGCCGUCGCUGCCGCUUCGUGAUACGUGUGCGUUGGAUCACUCGGGAGGGAAUCUCUUCACUUCUUUCUUUUCGAUCCGUACCUGUUGUAUUUCCCCCCUCCCCCAACGUUCUCUCCGUGUUUGCACGUCC